AUGCAUAUAUCCAGUUUUAUACAUCGUACCACGGUUGGCAGAGAAUUUUAUCUCUUACCUAAUACCCGUUACUUGUGGCGUGUUGUUUAUCUCGCCUACCUGCCUCCCGCCCACCUGUUACCUCGCUUUACUGUCAUCUGUGCCACCGAAACUGUGCUAAUUACUGUCUCUGUACCCACAGGAUACAGUGACUUCACAGUGGCUUCACCUAGCUCAUCCCAGAUCGUUACUCGCCGCCGAGCUGCACUUCUCGCAGAAAUUGUCCAUAACUUCGACGAACUCCCGUUCUCCAACUCCGAACUCCCAUUGAACAUCGAUAUCGCUCAAGGUUUCUACCAGAUUCCUACCAGUUCUCGCCACCGUUCCACACCACCUUCCUCUGACUCUGACUCUGACUCUGACUCAGACUUUUUCCCUGCAUAUACGUACCAAUCGAACAUGCCUUCCGCUUUCUCCACUAUUCUUGACGACACUGUCACAUACGCCAAAUGGAAGCCUUCGGGCAAUGGAAUGCCAGGCAGUAUGUCCUGUGGCAAAAUUACAGUGGAAACUCUCGAACUCGUGAAACGGGACCUCCGUAUCUUCUUGACUAAUAAUCGUAAGCUUGCGCCAAGCGACUACAUGACGAGAUGUCUGAACGUAUGGGAGGAUCCUCGGGUCUCGAACUGGAUCGACCAGAACCGUGAUGAAUUCGCCAAAUUGGACUUCGAAAAAUUCUUCCUUGUCCUCCGCGGACGCGUUCUUGAACAUGACUGGCAAGACUCCACUUUCCGUAAAAUGUGUGCCGUCCGCAUGCCUGACAGUUUGUCUACCUCCGUCUCUGACCUUGCGGUCCAGCUGCUUGUUCUCAACAACCUCCUACAAGGAACCCCUCGUUUCCAAUCAGAGGAAAACCUGAAAAUCAUGCUCAUCGACGCUACCAAUUCUCACUUGCGUGAGGCAUACAACAAGGAGGUUGAGGACCACGCUGCUAACCCCGCCCACGGAAUCCACUCAAAAGAUUUCGACACCUUCACGAAAGCGAUUCAGGUUCUUGAUAACAGCCGUCAUCGCCAACUGCUCUUGGCUCGACAAAUGGCGGAACACAUGAUUAAAUCCCGCCCUGGCUCUCGUGCUGCUACGCCUCUCUCGUCUUCUUCUGCGGCCAAUACACAGAGCCGCCAUGGCGGGACAAUCGGCGGUACUUCAUCCCAUUCGGGUCGUCUACCACCCCUUACUACCAAUGAACGUCGCCUGCUCAGCGAAAAUGAGGGCUGCUUUAAAUGCAGAUCAUUCUUCGUCAAAUGCCGUACCUCUAGCAAUGAACAUGAAUUCCCCUUGCCUGUUGGAAACGGUUACAAAGAAGUGAUGAUGUCCAACGUAGAUAGCGCUCGCAAACUGCGGGGCCCUGCUAUCGACUCUAACAAGAAAGCACGUACAGGUCCUAUUGCCACUAUCACUGUGGUAGAUGAGAACAACAACGACGAUAUGGUCGCGUCUAUCAUCCCGAGUGCUGUCCUUGGAAACGGUACUGACUCUGAGGAAGAG